CUCAAAACAUCAAAAAGCUGAGCAGGGUCAAAUACAGAAAGCAAUCCCAUUUAGUUACAGGUGAUGCUGUGAAAAGUAGACCCCUCAAGCUGUGGCUCUCACAACCAGGACAACUGGUGCUGGUGAAAUGAAACACCAACUCAUCCCAGAUUUAUGGUGACAUCACAAAGCUGCCCAUCUGAUUCUCUGCUCUGUCCCUGUGACACUGGGGGAGUGACUAUCAUGGCCAUGAAGGUCCAUGUCUUUCUUGUGCUGAGGACACCAGAGCUUGACACAGUAUUCCAGGCGAGGCUUCACCAGAGAGGAAUAGAGCAGCAGAAUCACCUUUAGGAUUCAGAAAGCUGAGAGAUAGUCCUUGCCAUUUCAAACUAACUACUGAGUCUUCUUUGAGAUGUAGAGAGGAGAUUUUUGUGGGAAAAAUGUGAUGAGUGCGUGGAAAGCUUGAAAAAGACCACACAGAAAAACCAUUUGGCAAGUAAGCGCCGGUGGCAGCUUAUGAGCAAAACCAGAGAAAAUACCACUUCUGUGCCACUCAGUCUGUGUAAAGAUGUGGCCAUGUUCUGCUCAACACCUGACAUGCUUCCCAGGAAUGGCUCCAUUUAAAAUGUAAGUGAAGUGAUCCUUGCACAGAAGGCCUGAUUUACAGAACUACUGAACCUUCACAUCUCUGACAGAAGUCAAGGUGAAUUGUUGAUUUAAAUCUCCUUCUGGAUGAUUCUGGCUUGCAUUGAGGAGACGAAUAUAAACCUUCUAGAAGUGAACGUGCUGAGGAUGACUUUCAGCUGCUGUGUUCUUAGCUGAAGCCAAGUGCCCUGGAAAUGCAGAUACAAUUAUGGUUUUACAAGUCCAUCUGAAAGAAGUGUGCUUUGACCUUGGAGUAAAAGGUGGUGAGAUUUCUGAAGUGUAUUACUUGCGGGAUACCCCAAUGAGGAGGGCAUGUUUGCCAGCCAGCAUCAUAGGGGGCACCACCACCAUCAUCAUCACCACCACCACCAUCACCAGCAACAGCAGCACCAGGCUUUGCAGACGAACUGGCACAUUCCUCAGAUGUCGUCUCCUCCCGCCGCGGCCAGGCACAGCCUCUGCCUUCAGCCCGACUCAGGAGGACCCCCGGAGCUGGGCAGCAGCCCUCCGGUCCUGUGUUCAAAUUCUUCCAGCCUGGGCACUAACACCCCCACGGGAGCAGCGUGUGCGCCAGGGGACUAUGGCAGGCAGGCUCUGUCCCCAGUGGAAACAGAGAAGAGGUCCGGCAAGAGGAAAAGCGACAGCUCAGACUCCCAGGAAGGAAACUACAAGUCAGAGGUCAACAGUAAACCCAGGAAGGAAAGGACAGCUUUCACCAAGGAGCAAAUCAGAGAGUUAGAAGCAGAAUUUGCUCAUCAUAACUAUUUGACCAGGCUGAGGCGAUAUGAGAUAGCAGUAAACCUUGACCUCACUGAAAGACAGGUAAAAGUUUGGUUCCAGAACAGACGAAUGAAGUGGAAGCGGGUAAAAGGGGGCCAGCAAGGGGCAGCGGCCCGGGAGAAGGAACUGGUGAAUGUGAAAAAGGGCACACUGCUCCCCUCCGAGCUCUCUGGCAUCGGAGCAGCUGGUCUCCAGCACACGGGGGACUCACUAGCGAACGACGACAGCCACGACAGUGAUCACAGCUCUGAGCACGCACACUUAUGAUACACACAGAGUGUCCCAGCUCUGUUCUCAGGAAAGAUGCUUUGCUGGCAAGCCUUACAUCGUUUACGUAUGCAAGUGACUCUGGCAGUGAUUCUUAAAGUUGUCACAGAAAAUUCAGGCUUAUUGUGUCUGCCUUUCUUGAUUUUUAGAUGGUUUACAGCAAGUGCCAUGUCUUAAAGGUGCCUCAAGAGUGGAGAAGUGGAAGACGAACUUACUUUGAACAUUCCAGAUUUGUUUGUCAUGUCUAUGACAGCGGGCAGGUAUUUUUGCUUUAGCUUGCACUGAAAAUUACAUUGCUCUCAACAGACGUUAUAUUCUGAACACCACAGUGCCACAAAAAUCACUAUCUAGUGGAUAAGAAAUGUAUUUUAACUCUGUAUAUAUUUACCUUACAGCAUUUUCCUGUCUUCACUAAUUUUAGCAAUGCAUUCAUAUUAGCUGAUGGCAAUAGUCACUCAUGACAAUAAAUGGCUUUUUGUCUCUCUAUCUUUGUUUUGUUUCUCCAAAGACAUACAAUACGUGCAGAUGCUUUUGUUCAAGUGUAGAACAAUGCAAUAGUGUCUGCUAGGACACAUCCUUGUAUGACAGACAAAACGAACCUUAUGUUGCAUUUACUAUCAACUGCUGCUAAUAGGGUAUUAUUAAACUUACCUAGCUCCUCAACUCUUCUUAUCUUAUAACUGCAAAAAAUGAUUUUAGGAUCAUAAGGAUAAUCCAUUAACCUGCCAAAAAUUGUUCCCAAAGGAUUAUUCAUUUCUACUUUGACAUAAUUGAGUACAUUGAUAAAUGCUGACACUCUGCAGAAAUGCUGUUGCUUCAUCUUCAGUUUAAAAAGAACCCAGCAGAUAAGCUGAAGCUUAUUACCAACUAAGUCAGUAUUGUGUCCUAUGUGUAAAAUCAAGACACAUUUUCUGUUAUAAGCUUUUAUGUACAUACAGGCAAAUACCAAACUCCCAAAUUUAACACAAACCAUUGAUUGUACUUUGUAAAGAAAUAUGUUUAAUAAAUAAUCCUUUUUAAAUAA